AUGUAUUUCAGUCGUUUACGGCGAUUUUCUAGAUUUACACUCAAUUUUAGGACUAAGACUAGUCAGUCUGCGGAGGAUAGACGUCGUUGGGUUGAAUACAGGAAGGGAGUGGCUCAAUCGAGGAAGCAGUUUCACGAUGAAUGGCUUGCUCGACAGCGUCAGAGCUCUACGAUUACCGUCGAGGAGCGUGAAGCUGUGGAAAGAGAGAAGGCGUCGUUUACCGCUAACCGCCUCGAAAACGAAAGGAUGGUGAAAUGGAGAGCAGAAAAAUUAUCAGUAAAAGCAAAGAAACAGGAAGUUGUCAAGGAACAGAAGAAAGAAAGGCAUUUGGAGAGACUUAGUAAACUUCAUGAGUUGCGGCAAGCCGUAGUUCAAAAGAUUAAGGAUGAAGGAGACUAUAUUACUGCUGAAAAUCUGGACGAAAAGAUUGCACAAGCAUUGGAAAAUCCGAGGGACUACAACUUUGCGCUCACUCGAUCAGGUGAAAAGCUGACUGCAGAACCAAGAAAACACAACUUAUUGCCAACUUGUGUGAUCAGUAGCUAUAACAUUUAUAUUUACAUUUUGUGA